CACGCUCUGUCUUCUCACCCCCGGCGGCCGGUCUCCACAGCAUCCAGGCCCCUCACAGGCCGCCCUGCUCCCGGAGCGCCCCUGAACCCAGGAACCUGGGCGCCGUGCGGAGGGGAGAGGUGUCUGCUUUGUCCCAGGGGAGCCCAGGAGACAGCAGCAGGAUGGGCGGGCAGCCCUCAAGCCCCCUAGACAAGCGGCAGCAGCAGCACAUGAGGGGCCAGGUGGACGCCCUGCUGAGGAACUUCCUGCCCUGCUACCGCGGGCAGCUGGCCGCCUCCGUCCCGCAGCAGGUCUCCCGUGAGCUCGGCCCCCAGGAGCCAGCCGGAUGCCAGCUGCUGCGCAGCAAAAAGCUGCCUCGAGUCCGAGAGCACCGAGGGCCCCUGACCCAGCUGUGGGGCCACCCACCCCAGUGGCAGCCGAUCUUCUGUGUCCUGCGUGGGGACGGCCGCCUGGAGUGGUUCAGCCACAGGGAGGAAUAUGAAAAUGGGGGCCAUCCCCUGGGCUCCACGGCCCUGACGGAGUACACAUUCCUGACUUCUCAGCGUGAAUAUCUCUGCCUGUUGGAUGCUCUCUGCCCAGACUCCUCAGGAGACCACGUACAGGAAGAGCCUGCCCCCCUCCUGGAAAUGCCCGUUAGCUUCCCCCUGUUCCUGCAGCACCCUUUCCGCCGGCACCUCUGUUUCUCUGCAGCCACCGGGGAGGCACAGCGUGCCUGGAGGCUAGCCCUGCAGGGUGGCAUCCGGCUUCGCGGAACAGUCCUGCAGAGAAGCCAGGCCCCAGCCGCCCGAGCCUUCCUGGAGGCCGUUCGGCUCUAUCGGCAGCACCAAGGCCACUUUGGCGACGACGACGUGACCCUGGGCUCGGACGCCGAGGUGCUGACCGCGGUGCUGAUGCGGGAGCUGCUGCCUGCGCUGCGAGCCCAGACCCUGCCCGGCCUGCGGGGGGCCGGCCGAACCCGGGCCUGGGCCUGGACCGAGCUCCUGGACGCUGUCCACGCCGCUGUCCUGGCCGGGGCCUCCGCGGGCCUCCGCGCCUUCCAGCCAGAAAAGGACGAGCUGCUUGCGGCCCUGGAGAGGACGAUCCGCCCCGACGUGGACCAGAUGCUGCGGCUGCGGGAGCGCGUGGCGGGGAGGCUGCGGGCCUCGGUCCAGGGCCCCCUGGAGUCGUGCCUGCGCGGGAAGGUGGCCACGCAGCUGCCCCGGGUCACGCAGAUGCUGGUGAGCACCGUGGAGGCCGCACUGGCGGCAGUGCAGACCCUCCUAGCCCAGGGUAUGGACCGCCUCUCUCGCCACCUGCGUGGGUGCCCCUCGGGCCUGCGGCUGCGUGAGGAGGUUUACGCAUUUGGGGAGAUGCCGUGGGACCCAGAGCUGAUGCAGAUCUGCUACCACGAGGCUGAACGCAGCCAGGGGCGCCUGAGGCGACUAGUGGUGCCAUUUGGCUUCUGGGGGACUCGAAGCCUGGUGUUUGGGGCCCAGGAUCUCGCACAGCAGCUCAUGGCCGACGCUGUGGCCACCUUCCUGCAGCUGGCUGACCAGUGUCUGACCACGGCCUUGGACUGCGGCCAGGCUGCGCAGCAGCUGGAGAAAGUCAGGGAGCGCGUGCUGAAGGUGAGGCGCGAGGGCGUGGCGGCGGGCCGCAUGCUGGACGGCCGCUGGACGGCCGCUGGGUGUGUCCUGCGGAAGUUCCUGUCGGACGGCGGCUGGGCGCGGAGGAGGCGCGUCCGCGGGCGGCUGCUGCGCGUCUUCUUGCCCUUCGUGCUGAGCCAGCUGGAGCAGAGCUGCGGGGCGGAGCUGCCUGCACUGGAAGCGGACGUCCUGGCCGCGGGCAGCCCGGCCCUGACCAUCGAGGGCGUCUAUGAGGACGUCAUCCGGGGGCUCCUGCUGCAGAGGAUCGACUGGGAAUUGAAGAAGGCCCUUGAUGCCGGCGACGUGUGCUGUGCUCUGGGUCGCUGCUUGGUGGCUCCGUGGGACCAGGUGGGAGCGGAUGAGGAAACUGAGGCCCAGAGAGGGACUUGCUCCAGGCGACCAGGCCCCGGUGCUGAGGUCCAGCCACUCUGCCCCCCGCCUCCUCCAAGGACAUUCCCGAGCUGAAUCCUCGCCCACAUUCAUCCUUGUUCCCAAUGGAGGCAAAUCUACUAGCGGAGUUUCUAAGUCAAAGCAUAUGCACCAUCUCAAGGCCUUUUAACCCCCA